AUGGUUCCACCAUCGCACGGACACAAGGAUCCUGCUGUUGCUGCUGCCGCUAAAAAAAUGAUGAAUAAUAAACGCAUUGUCAUUGUAGGAGUGCAUGGUUGGUUUCCUAUGAAGCUCGUACGUAGUAUGAUUGGUGAACCUACCGGCACAUCCAUCAAAUUUUGCGAACAAAUGGCUACUGGCAUUAAACAGUAUUUUCAAGAGGAACACGGUGUCGAUCUCCCUCUGGGAGAUGUCGUCACUCUCGUUCCACUGGAAGGAGAAGGCAAAGUCGAAGACCGAGUUCAUCAGCUGUAUGAGAAAUUACUCAACAAUUCUGCAUGGUUAGAGGCAGUAUCGUCAGCGGACGUUAUAUUAUGGGCUACCCAUUCUCAAGGAACACCUGUAUCGAUGAUGUUACUGCGUCAUCUGCUUGAAAGAGGUCAUAUCCAUUUGAUUCGACAGUCCGUUUGUCUUUUGGCAAUGGCUGGGAUUUCACAAGGGCCAUUUCCUGCUUUGAAAGGAAGCUUAAUUGUUAAGUAUUUUGAAGCAGAUGCAGCACGUGAAUUAUUUGAGUUUAUGGAUUCUUCCAGCCCCAUCUCGGUUCAAUUCCGCACCUCGCUUGCUUACAUCCUGCAUCGUGGUGUCAAAGUCGUCCUCACAGGUUCCAUGCAAGAUCAAGUCGUCCCACUUUAUUCCGCUAUUAUGACGUCCAUAGAUCAUCCAAAUUUACUGCGAUCUAUCUAUAUCGACGGUCACCUGCUGACGGAGAAGAACGAUUUCCUGAUCCAUCUUGUGGUGUUUGCUGUCAAACUACGUAAUUGGGGACUGUCGGAUCACAAUUUAGUGGUACACUUGAGUGAGGUAUUGGCAGGAAGCUUAUAUGCUUUGGAGGGUGGGCAUUCAACCAUUUAUGAAGAACUCGAAGUGUAUAUGACAGCUGUAAAGUAUACAUUUGAAACAGCUCCAUUCGGACAGUUUAUUCGUAAAACAGCCAUCGUAGGUGAGCAUGUACAACAAGCACAGCUCAGCGUAGAAAAAGAAGAAGCAGAAGAAGCAGAAGAAGCAGAAGUCAAUAUGACCCCUUUCGUGGCCAAGCAACAGCAAAACCCUUUUUAUUUGCCUUGGAUACUCCAUGGUAUCAUGACAGAUCCUCAAGUAUUAGCCAACGCUUCCCUUGUAGAUGACUUGAAGCAACUCUUACAACUUUUCGAGCAGUGGCAUCCUACCAGUGCAAGACUAAAAGAGCUCAAGUAUAGAUUAGAUCCUAUUAGAACAGUAAGGUUAUAA